UUCUGCUUUUCGUUUCUAACCUAACAGUUGUUGGCUGGUUUCUACUGCUUUCGGCAGGCCAAGAUACACAAUGCAAAAUUACUCAUAAGAACGUGUUCUACAUGACGGGUUGAAUAUGUUUUCAUGCUUUGCGGUAGCAGUGAGAUUGCGGGACUAGUGGUCAUGUCCCUUGAAGUAUGCCAUGCUCUGCUGUGCUCCAAGAAUUAUUUUUUCUGCAGAGGAUGCUGAACAUUUCUUCUGCUUUGCUUCCAGCAUACAAGCCUUGAAUAUCAGAAAGCCACUCACAGCGUGAACAAAAUCCGCGGCUGGCAAAUCUAGAAUCCGGCACAAUGGUCUCUCUUCCUGAAAAUAUGACACCUCCUUUGUCUUGUGACAAUCUUGGGGGCGUGUUUGGACCUGAUCCAACUCAAUACGCAAUGACUUCGGUGUUGGGACAGUGCUGCGAUGAUGCAGGUCAAGUAUACCUGGCAGUGUAUUUGCCUACAAACACUCCAAUCGCUCUUAAAAAGUUUAACAUGGACAAGGCCAAAGAUGAAAUGGAUAACAUCCAGAAUGAAAUAAUUUUGACCCGUCAGUUGCGCCACCCAAAUGUUGUUGUGAUCAAUGCAGCAUUUGUAUUAGAUAAUUAUAUUUGUGUUGUUUCACCCUUGAUGGCGUUUGGAUCUUGUCGAGAUUUGUUAAAUCGGCAUUUUACUGAAGGAUUGCCAGAACUUGCUAUUGCAUUUAUCCUCAAGGAUGUUCUUUUGGCCCUAGAUUACAUUCAUAAGAAAGGAUACAUUCACAGAGCUGUGCGAGCUAGUCACAUAUUGAUAAAUGAGUAUGGACAGGCUGUUUUAUCAGGACUAAGGUAUGCCUGUCGAUUAGUAAAAAAUGGCAGGUGGCAGAGAAAUGUCCACUCAUUUCCUUCCAGCACUUCUAGAAAUUUGAACUGGCUUAGUCCAGAACUUUUAGAACAGAAUAUGCAAGGUUACAAUGAGAAAUCUGAUAUGUAUAGCCUUGGAGUCACUGCCUGCGAACUGGCAAAUGGCAUGGCUCCUUUUCAGGAUCAUCCACCAACACUCAUGUUGACUGAGAAGGUUAGAGGUUUUGCUCCAGUGCUGUUGGACUUCACGACGUGCCCUCAGUAUUCUGACACAGGGCAACAGAACUCAAAUCCGAACCAAGCACAUGACUCUGGUGUUGGUGAUAGUGUGGGAUCAAAUGGCAAUAGUUUGGAGGGUGGUGGGCUUGCCUCAAGGCGCUUCACUGAUCACUUUCAUCGAUUCUCUGAACUCUGCCUUCAAAGAGAUCCCGAGCAUAGACCAAGUGCUGCACAACUUCUCCUCCACUCAUUUUUCAAAUUACCCAAACGAAUGAAUGCACCUCCACUGCCACAACUCCUGCAUCCAGUCAUUCCUCUUACCAAAGUAGUAUUGGGUACAGAAAGUAGUGAAGACUUUUUCGGUGUAGCAGACCGCCUCAGUGAUUUAGAUUUAAACACAUGUGAGUGGGACUUCUGAAAUAGAAUUGGACUAUCAAAUGAGUUAUGAGAUGUGAAUCAACUUUUAUUGUAUUAUUUGUUUUGUAAUGCCUGUGCAUGACUGAUCUUAAAUUUACAGUCAAUAUUUAUAAAUUUUGGCUGUUCUGUUGUUUUUCUUGUUAUGACCAUAAGUACAAAGGAGUGUGUAAGCCAUAUCAGUGGUUAAUCAAUUGAAUGCAGUAUGAAUUGAGACUGAAUAGGGUUACAAUUGAGAAAUGUAUUUAAAAGAUUAUUCCUACAUUGAGUCACUACCUAAGCAUGACAUUGUUUCUGUUUUUUCUUUACCUAAUUUUUAUCUUGUUUGCACCUGACAACACUGUGUUGGGUGUUUUCCAUAUUUUAACCUGUGGUAACGCAUUUAAAAUUCAGAAAUAUUUUGAGUCUAUCUAGUUCACACACUGUUCAAACACAACUUUGUCUAAUAAGCUGAAUAAAACCGAAAAGUGCAUUAAAUAUUUUUCUUUAA